AUGUCCCCCUUUUCCCUCGCGAUAUCCCUUCCCCCUCCCGUCGCCUGUCCGCUCUCUCUCCCGUCGCCUGUCCGCUCCCCCCGCCCUCGCCUUCGUGCUCUCUCUCCCGUCGGCUUCGCGCCCUCCCUCCCGUCUCUUUCGCGCUCUCCCUCCCGUUGCCUGUCCGCCCUCCCUCCCAUCUCCUUCGCGCUCUCCCUCCCGUUGCCUGAACCCCCGUCCCUCCCUUCACCUUCGCGCUCUCUCUCCCGUCGCCUGUCCGCUCCUCCUCCCCUCGCCUUCGUGCUCUCUCUCCCGUCGCCUUCGUGCUCUCCUUCCCGUCGGCUUCGCGCCCUCCCUCCCGUCUCCUUCGCGCUCUCCCUCCCGUUGCCUGUCCGCCCUCCCUCCCGUCUCCUUCGCGCUCUCCCUCCCGUUGCCUGUCUGCCCUCCCUCCCUUCGCCUUCGCGCUCUCUCUCCCGUCGCCUGUCCGCUCCCCCUCCCCUCGCCUUCGCUCUCUCCCUCCCGUCGGCGCCCUCCCUCCCGUCUGCUUCGCGCUCUCCCUCCCGUUGCCUGUCCGCCCUCCCUACCUUCGCCUUCGCGCUCUCUCUCCCGUCUCCUGUUCCGUUGUGA